UUGAGUUUGACUUCCUGACCUCCAAGAUAUUGUGUAAUAUCCAUAAAAAGAAAGUUUUCUGAAUUUAUUUCUCAGUAUUCACGUAUGGACACUGUGUUCAGGUUUAUGAGAUGAUUAUAUAUUUUAUUUAAAAUAUAUUUUUAAAUAAGAUUCAACACCUGUUUGGAUUCUUCCAGCAUUUGUUAAUAAUGAUUACUUGUUGGCUUUUCCGCGGUGUGUGUGUUCACAGCGCUGCCGUCAUUUAUUGUGAAUUUCCUCCUUUGCAAAAUGCUGUCCAGAACGGCAGCGUGCGUGCUGUGAAUCUCUUACUGAAGGAAGGGAAGUGGAAGGGGAUGUUAACAGUAACUCUGACAGAUCAAUUUGUUUUUUCUGUCACAACAGCCAGAUGUUUCCUCUUGUUGUGGAAUUAAUGCUGACAUCGACGUUACUGUCACUGCUGAGUUUAUGGGUAGAGCGGAGAAAUUUUCAGUUGAAUGAGUCACUAAGCUGACUUAUCUUUUUUUCUUUCAGGUCUUUAAAAUUGACGUGUUGAUGAACGGCAGACAACAUGCUGUUGAGAAACGCUACAGCGAAUUCCACGCUUUGCAUAAAAUGCUGAAGAAGACCAUAAAGCCACCCGAGAUCCCCUCGAAGCAUGUGAGAAACUGGGUUCCCAAGGUCCUGGAGCAGAGGAGACAUGGCUUAGAGCUCUACCUGCAGACUAUAAUUAUGGAAAACGAGGUCCUUCCAAAGAUAUUCCUGGAUUUCCUGAACAUCCGCCAUUUUCCUUCAGUGCCAAAAACAGAAAGUUGUGGGUCAUUUGAUACAGAAUCACUGGAGUCGAGUAAACUUUCACAUCAGCCGGUCAUGCUGUUUCUGAGAGACCCCUACCUGCUGCCAGCUGGACACGAUGAAUUUUCUAACGUUGUGAUCGAAGGCGUGGUGCACGGAGUUUACUACCCAGAUCUUCAGCCAAGGUAGAGCCUCCAAGCCGAAUCUGAGGGGACGUCACUACAAACGGGAUGCUUCUUUUUUUUUUU